ACAAGUCCACUACGAAAAAACUACAAAAGACUAGACAGUCAAUAAACUCUCGGCUAAUAAAAACAAACAAUCUUAUCGAAGCUGCUCGCGUCCACGUUCACGUCGUUCCCUUCAUUAUCGCAACAUGGGGUUGGAAAAGUAAAAGAAAAAAAAAAAAUCAAGAAAUACCGACGAGAGCCGACCAAAUCAGAGCUCAUCGUAACCAUGCCGGUCACGGCAGGACGCAGCAGACUCCAACAAUUAUGCUCGUGCCGCAACAAAUUAUACGUGCAUCAGAAGAAAAAAACGAGGGACCGUUGCAAGAGGAAGAGGCAGGCCUUCGUGUACAAUCCGGAAGAAGAGAUUUGGCACGAGCCCUACAUGCAUUCGCUUCGCCGUGAGUUCUCGGACGAGUCUGUGCUGUGCGACUCCAAGAUCGAGCUACCCUGGAGGGACAUCGCCCUGCGGUCGGCGAUGAGGAUUCGUCCCGACCCGACAGCUGCCGAGGUUGAUCGAGAGACGGACGAAACUGAGACGAUGACUGUCAUUAGCGAGAAGCGAGAGUCUACUGGUGCCAUGACGUUGCCGUGGCAGGAUCUGCUCAUCACGGAGACUUUGCGAAGCACGUUGGAAGUUCCGGAGCUCUGCGACUCCUCGGUAGAGAUACCCUGGGCCGAUCUCGCGCUGGAGAAGCCGGUGGAGAUACGUCCAUCGCGGGAGGAGCGGAUCUGUGCGACUGACGACGUCGAGAUUCCUUGGGAUGAGAUCCUGAUGCCGCGUAAUAUCGUCAUCAAAUCCGAAAGGAAGCGAAAGCAUCCCUCGUCCUACCGACCGCCGAGGCUGCGUGCCGACGUGACGUGCAUCCCCUGCGGCAUGCCUACCGGCUGCGCGAAAAUUCGCGCGAAAACUCGCUUAAAUCCUCAAGAGAGCGUUGCGGGAUCCAAUUGGAUGGUUACCUGUAUGUAGGGCUAGGUGUAAACAUUUAUUUGCUGAUUUGAUUAAAUUUCAAUGUCUC